CCCAUCAACCCCUACCCCAUCAACCCCUACCCCAUCGACCCUACCCCAUCAACCCCUACCCCAUCGACACCUACCCCAUCAUCCCCUACCCCAUCAACACCCACCCCAUCAACUUGUGUUGAGGGUGAAGUUAAGGAGAAUCCUUCCAACUGUGCCGAAUUCUACAAGUGUAUCAGUGGAAAAUACGUAGCCCAGGUCUGUGAGAGUGGAAAUUACUGGAAUGUGACUGCUAAGAAGUGUGAAAAGGAUGAAGGACAUUGUGCUACCACACCAUCCACACCAACCACACCCACUACACCAGCAACUCCAACUCCAUCAACCCCAACCACACCAACUUGCGUAGAAGGAGAAAAGGAAGAGAAUCCCGCCAAUUGUGCUGGAUAUAAGGAGUGCAUAAACAAUGUCAUGGUGAUUCGACAGUGUCCCGCCCAGACUUAUUUCGAUAAGGAAUUGCAGGUUUGUGUUAUCGAUGCUGAUGGCAUAUGCGUCCCUAAAGUCUGCGAUCCCGAUUGCUGUGAUAAGCCCAACGAUUGGUUAGGAUCCGUUGACAAGAACUGUUCCGCAUUCAUACAAUGUCUCUAUGGAAAUAAGUUCCAGCAGAAAUGUCCCAACAAUCUGCACUUCAAUAACUUAACCAAGGAGUGCGAUUAUCCCGAAAAAGUUCAGUGCGAAGAUGGCGCUGCACCACCCAGUGGUCCCACCGCGGGUCCUUCGGGCACCUACUGUGAGAGCAAGGGCCGUUGUGUUGGCAAACCCGAUGGAACCUUGAUGGCGGAUGACAACAAUGUCUGCAGCGGUUCUUAUGUGAUUUGCCAAUGUGAAUGCGAGGUGGACUUCAAAUGUCCUGCCUCCCUGGUGUUCAAUGUAAAGGAAAGUGUCUGCGAUUGGCCAGCAAAAUCUAAUUGUUCCAACAAUAGCUAUUCCAUUAUUACAAAUUGCUGUGUAGAAACUGGAAUCUUUAAAACAUACAUUUUGAGCUUCAGCAAACAAUCAACAGCUAUGCGGAACAUAUAUGUUUUUACCACUCUGCUUCUGGCAGUAUCUGCCAAUAGCAUUUUUGGUGCUAGCUUGGAAAAUCGGCAAUAUCUGCAUGUAUUUUGUCGAGGAAAUUCCAAUGGCAUUCGAGCUUUGGUGCCAGGCAGCUGUUCCAAAUACUUCGAAUGUCAAAAUGGAAAACCCAUAGAAUACACUUGCCCUAAAUACUAUGACUUUAAGACAAGAAGUUGCGUUACCUACAAUCCGGGCUGCACCUUAAACGAUCCCAUAGUCUUCCAAAAGACAUCAGUGAAAUCUGGGGAUACUCCAUGCUCCCCAACAAUACCUCCACCGUGUACUACAAUCCGUCCACCAUGCACCGGAAAUGUUACACCCUCCACACCAAAAACAAGCACACCCUCUGCUGUAACUCCAUGCAGUACAACCACCACAACAACGACUCCGUGUGACACAACCACAACAACAACGACUACAACUACGACUACAACAACAACCACUACAACGACAACGACCACAACAACGACAACAACAACGACAACUACAACAUCGAGUGAUACAACAACGACCACAACUCCAUGUGACACAACAACAACAACUACAACUACAACAACCACUACAACGACAACAACAACACCCACAACAACUACUACUACUACUACAACGACUAUAGCAACGACAACCACAACACCGUGUGAUACAACAACCUCUACAACAACCACUACAACAACCACUACAACAACCACUACAACGACAACAACAACAACUACUCCUACAACGACUACAACAACAACAACGACAACCACUACAACGACAACAACAACAACUACCCCUACAACGACUACAACAACAACAACAACGACAACCACAACACCGUGUGAUACAACAACCACUACAACAACAACGACAACAACUACAACAACAACGACUACAACAACCACAACAACCACAACAACAACUACUUCAACAACCACUACUACUACCACCACAACACCAAGUGACACAACGACAACCACAACUCCAUGUGACACAACACCAACAUCAACUACAACAACGACAACAGCUACUACUACAACAACGACCACAACAUCCACAACAACAACUACUACAACAACCACUACAACAACCACUACAACAACCACUACAACGACAACAACAACAACUACUCCUACAACGACUACAACAACAACGACAACCACAACACCGUGUGAUACAACAACCACUACAACAACAACGACAACAACUACAACAACAACGACUACAACAACCACAACAACCACAACAACAACUACUUCAACAACCACUACUACUACCACCACAACACCAUGUGACACAACACCAACAUCAACUACAACAACGACAACAACUACUACAACAACGACCACAACAUCCACAACAACAACUACUACAACAACCACUACUACUACCACCACAACACCUAGUGACACAACGACGACCACAACUCCAUGUGACACAACGACAACAACAACAACUACUACUACGACAACCACUACUACAACCACCACAACAACGACCACAACAACCACAACAACAACUACUACAACAACCACUACAACAACCACUACAACGACAACAACAACAACUACUCCUACAACGACUACAACAACAACAACAACGACAACCACAACACCGUGUGAUACAACAACCACUACAACAACAACGACAACAACUACAACAACCACAACAACAACUACUUCAACAACUACAACCACCACAACCCCAUGUGACCCAACGACGACCACAACUCCAUGUGACACAACAUCAACAUCAACUACUUCAACUACAACAACGACAACAACAACUACUACUACAACAACCACUACUACAACCACCACAACAACGACCACAACUACUACAACAACCACUACUACUACCACCACAACACCAUGUGACACAACGACAACCACAACUCCAUGUGACACAACAUCAACAUCAACUACAACAACGACAACAACUACUACUACAACAACGACAACAACGACCACAACAACCACAACAACAACUACUACAACAACCACUACUACAACCACCACAACACCAUGUGACACAACGACGACCACAACUCCAUGUGACACAACAACCACUACAACAACGACAACAACAACAACUACUACUACAACAACGACCACAACAACGACAACAACAACAACAACUACUACAACCACCACAACACCAUGUGACCCAACGACAACCACAACAACGUGUAGACCAACGACAACCACAACAACGUGCAGAACAACAUCGACGACAUCUUGCCCAAUCACCACGCCCACUACUUGCAGCACAACAACCGUUUGUGUGACAACAGAACCUCCUUGCGAUGUAACCACGAAGCCUCCGUGCGCGUCGGGAUCAAGUGCUGCUAUCUCUUCGCAUAAUAAUCGCAAACCCAUUCGUGUGCGUCCCAGCUUUAGGCCACUCCCAGAAGUACUCCAGAUGGCCAAGGGCUCCACAACAACAAUCGCCGAUGUCCAGAUUCAGAUCGUGUGUGUAGGAAAACCCGACGGUUUCCUGUUGGCAUCUCCAGAACGUUGCAACGACUACUAUAUCUGCCGUCAUGGACAGGCCCUGAAGGUUAGCUGCGGUGAAAGAUACUUCAAUGGACAAAAGGGUAUCUGCGAUUUGCCAGAGAAUACAGGAUGUGUUCAGUCCUAAUCGAAGACACCUUGAAUAGUAUCCAAACACAGUAUUACUUGAAAACGAGAUCGGAAAAUUUAACUAAGUAAUUGAUAUAAUAUUUAAAAUAAAACAUGCAAGCGCCUAAAAAAGGCAGUUCAUUAA